AUGUUGGCUGCCGUGGAACAUGGUCCCAUCCUCUGCAGCGACUCCAACAUCCUCUGCCUCUCGUGGAAAGGCCGGGUGCCCAAGAGCGAGAAGGACAAGCCGGUGUGUCGGAGGCGCUACUAUGAGGAGGGCUGGCUCGCCACGGGGAACGGGAGGGGAGUCGUUGGGGUGACGUUUACAUCGAGUCACUGCAGGAGGGACAGGAGUACCCCUCAGAGAAUCAAUUUUAACCUGCGAGGACACAACAGCGAGGUUGUCUUGGUGCGUUGGAAUGAGCCCUUUCAGAAGCUGGCCACCUGCGAUAUGGAGGGAGGUAUUUUUGUGUGGAUCCAGUAUGAAGGAAGAUGGUCUGUGGAGUUAGUGAACGACAGAGGAGCCCAGGUGAGUGACUUCACCUGGUCACAUGACGGCACUCAAGCCCUCAUCGCGUACAGGGACGGAUUUGUGUUAGUCGGCUCAGUCAGUGGACAGAGACACUGGUCCUCAGAGAUUAACCUGGAGAGUCAGAUCACCUGUGGCAUCUGGACCCCUGACGAUCAGCAGGUGUUGUUUGGUACAGCAGAUGGUCAGGUGAUAGUGAUGGACUGCCACGGCCGGAUGCUUGCCCAUGUUCUGUUGCACGAGUCUGACGGGAUCGUGAGCAUGUCCUGGAACUGCCCCAAUUUCCUGGUGGAGGACAGCACAGAGAGCGACACUGACUCUGACGACAAUAUUCUGCCUUUAGUCGGAGUUACCUGAAUAAUUUUUUCUGUUUUCCUCCAAGUGCGGCGAGUCAAGCCACUGUUAACAGUCACCUUCUUAUCGGGAGAUAUCAGUUUGAUGAACAACUAUGAUGACCUCUCUCCUGCUGUAAUUCGCUCAGGGCUGAAAGAUGUUGAAGCCCAGUGGUGCUCCCAGGGAGAUCUGCUGGCUGUGGCCGGCAUGGAGAGACACGGGCUUCCCCCCGACUCUUCGUGUGGAUCCAUCAUGAGGAACGCCCUCGUUAAGUUUUAUAACGUCCAAGGAGAACACAUCUACACUUUGGAGACACCGGCGCAGAGACCCAUCACCACCAUCUGUUGGGGUCACAGAGACUCUCGUCUCUUCCUUGCCUGCGGCCCCGCUCUGUACGUGGUGCGUGUGGAGCACAGGGUCGCCAGCCUCCAGCUCCUAUGCCAGCAGGGCAUCGCCAGCGCCCUGCGAGAGGAGAAGGAUGUGGGGAAACUCAACAUGCCGUCGUUGCUCUGCUCUUAUGUCACCACUGCCUUCAUACCAACCAUCAAGCCCCCGAUCCCUGACCCCAACAACAUCCGGGACUUUGUCAGCUAUCCCACAGCUGGCAACGAGAGGCUCCACUGCACCAUGAAGCGGGCGGAGGACAGCCCGGAGGCGGGCGGACCCUGCUACACUCUCUACCUGGAAUAUUUAGGAGGGCUGGUGCCUAUUCUCAAAGGAAGGAGGAUCAGCAAAUUACGGCCCGAGUUCAUCAUCAUGGAUCCCAAAACAGACAACAAAGCAGAGGAGGUGUGUGUGAACCCGAUGAUCUCAUACGCCGACAGCUGUAACUGCUCAGACUCCAGUGACAUUGAGUUGAGCGACGAGUGGGUCGGGAAGAAGUCACCAAAGUUAUCCCGAAGAAACAGGUCAGAAAUGUUUCAAAGGAUGAACAUAGAAUCAAGAAAAUCCCCUAAACUCUCACGGACCAAUCAGGAAGGCCAGCGGUCGCCACGAUUACCGACAAAGAAGCCUCCGAUCCGAUCUCCCAGUCUGACACGACGGGAGUUUUCUAUGGAUGGAAUCACUGAGCACAACUACCUUGCUCAAGUCACAUCCAACAUUUGGGGAACAAAGUUCAAAAUAGUGGGACUUGCUUCGUUCCUCCCCGCCAACCUUGGAGCAGUCAUCUAUAAGACCAGUUUACUUCAUUUGCAACCGAGGCAGAUGACGAUCUACCUGCCGGAAGUGCGAAAGAUUUCUCACGACUUUAUGAGCCUGCCUGUGUUCAACCCUAAUGUGUUCAGUGAAGAUGAGGACGAUUUACCAGUUAUGGGGCCAUCGGGAGUGGCAGGAGACAAUCCUUCCUGUACGGUCAACAUUCCCAUCGCUCCCAUCCACAGCCCGGCUCAGGCCAUGUCCCCGACUCAGAGUAUCGGCCUGGUUCAGUCGCUCCUGGCCAAUCAGAAUAUUCAGCUCGAUGUUUUGACCAACCCCACAGCCACUGCGGCGGCGGCAGUCGCAGCAGCUGCGGCUUCUGUCCCGGUCACCGAUCACAGCCAGGAUGCAGUUGCAUCCCCGUACCCAGUACCGACCAGAUACUCAAACCCUGGCCAGGUGAUCUUCAACGGGCUGGAGAUGGGUCCUCUUCUUCCUGGUACUCUACCACCUCCGCCUCAACAUCUCCCGCCUCACCCACAGCGGCCUCUGGGGCUAGAACGAAUCGAGCACAUGCAGAUGCACACUCUGAAGCCAAGUCUGCCAAGGACUUUACCCCCCUCCUUCAGCGACACAGAUGGGUCCAUCGAGAUUCAGAUGAGGAAGGUGAAUCCUCCUCCUCCAUAUCCAGGCACUGCAGUCUCUGCAAUUGCAGGCGCAGCCGCAGCCGCAGCCACAGCCACACCUCAGACUCUUGUCACAAACAGCCCGAGCAUCCUGGCAACCGACCCCUGUCUGAAGAAGGAUGACUUCUUGCUUCACCCCGUCACUUUGCAGUACCCGACUCCUCUGGGGUAUGAAAGGAUCACGACCUUUGACAGCAGUGGCAAUGUGGAGGAGGUCUGUCGGCCACGCAGGCGCCUCAUUCGAAACCAAAAUGCAUACACUGUGCAUGGCAUCGGAGGCUCUGCCACACUCAGAGUCACCUCCUCUGAGAAUAAAAAAGUUCAGCUUCCGUACAGCUCAGCAACACUGAGUCGUCUCUCUGUCCCUCGAUACUCGAUACCAAGUGGAGACCCUCCUCCCUACCCUGAUCCGGCCAAUCAAGUAACUGCCACACUUCCUCAUCCCCAGAGAAGCGACAGCAGUCUUAUUCAUGCCACUCUACGUCGUGACCGCAGGGACGUGGGACUGAAAGUGCCGCAAAUGAUGGAAAGCUCAAGAACCCUUCCCACCAAGGCAAAAAUGAACAGUGCAUUAGCUCUCUCCUACCAGCAGAGGGUGCCCAGUGCAUUGUACACAUGCACACAGUGCAGUGGCACGGUGGUGAGGCAGGAAUUCCCAACGGGGAAAAGUUCACAUCACAGUACGAUUAUCGUGCACUCCAAGAGCACCUCCCCUCUGGCAUCCCACUCAUCGUACAGUCUGCUGGGUGCUGUUGAUAACAGCCGGGACAGAACAGUGUACGUAAACUCCGCCUAUACUGAAGACGAGACUUUAAAUCAACAGAGUCACCUUGAAAAAUCGAUGCGUCAGUUGACUCUCGGAGAUGUCAGUUUGACGGUGAAACGCCCUCCGCCUUACCAGUGGGACACAUCCACGGCCGAGGAGUUUUGGCUCACCCCAGAGCAAACCAUGUUAGCUCCUCAACCAGGACCUCAUAAACCACCUCCAAUCAUCAUUAGUCAGGCUCAACAAUUGGACAUGACACGCCUUCCGUUUGUGCUCACAACGAAAUCGCCAUCAAGUACGACCACGGGCACUCUUACUUUCCCAUCAGGUUACCAGAUAUCCCUCUCACCUUUUCCACCAGGUGUGGGUCACGGCGGUCCCCCACUUCAGACCUUACAGAACCCUCCACCACAAUGCUCUCCAAACGAAGUCCCUUUUGCUCAGCAGGAUCCCACUUUGGUCUUACCACCCGGUUACCCUUCAAGUCUCGCUAACCUGGCUUGCUGCCCCCUCCCUCCGAUGUAUCCUGGAACCAGCUCAUGUUCUGGACUCCAGCUGCACCCUGUCAACCUCCAACCCUGGAACCCCUACCCCUGCCCACCACCCAUGCAAGACCCUCCAGCACCUCCCCUCCCAACCAAAACCCAUCAGAUUUUAGAGAAGCCGAUUCUCUCCCCACCUCCCCCGACUGGACCACCCCCGCCACCUCCUCUCCCGCCUCCCCCUCCACCUACCGAUCUACCACCAUCCAAAAGUGCCACAGAGGAUUUGACAGAGUCUGCGAACAAUUUUCCAGAGCCAUCAUCCCUGAAUGAGAGCCCUGUGCCGCAGGAGUCGGAGCGCUUCAACAAGAAGAGCCGUAAAAGACUGGACAGCAGGGCUGAGGAGGCCAACAUGACCACCCUCUCCGAGGGCAAGUCCAGGAAGGAAGGGCGAGCGCUCUCUGACUUCAACACGCUCAUUUCCAGCCCGAGGCUUGGCAGCAGAGAGAAGAAGAAGCCCAAAGGGCCGAGAGAGCAACUCAAUAAAACCAAGAAGAUGAGCAGGACAACGAAUGAGUUCCAGGAUAGUUCCGAGAGCGAGCCAGAGCUGUUCAUUAGCGGCGAUGAGCUCAUGAACCAGAACCAGAGUAGUAAGAAGAGCUGGAAGAACAAGCGCAGCAUGCGUAUGGCGAGCGAGCUGGAGGAGAUUAAAUGUCGCAAGGCGAAUGAAAGAGAGGACCGUAGUUUAGGCAGCCAAGGAUUUGUCUACGUCAUGGCCAAUAAACAACCAUUGUGGAACGAAGCCACGCAGGUCUACCAGCUGGACUUCGGAGGACGAGUCACGCAGGAGUCCGCAAAGAAUUUUCAGAUCGAGUUGGAUGGUCGACAGGUGAUGCAGUUCGGGAGGAUCGAUGGCAACGCCUACAUCUUGGAUUUCCAGUAUCCUUUCUCAGCAGUGCAGGCAUUUGCUGUGGCCUUGGCCAACGUGACUCAAAGGCUGAAGUGAAAAGUUUUAUUUUUUGUUUUUGCAGAA